CUGGUGCAAAGUCUCACCGCGAGAGCGAGAUUUGGAUUAGGGUUUGCCAUUAUCACUUUUGCAGAGAGAGAGAGAGAGAGAGAGAAAGAGAGAGAGAGAGAUGGAGGGAGUAACUGAGGGAGUGAAUAACUUAAACAUAGACGACGGGCCGAAGAGGAACCGUGUUCAGGUCUCCAACACCAAAAAACCUCUCUUCUUCUACGUAAACCUCUCCAAGAGGUUCUUGCAGCAAUACAAUGAGGUCGAGUUAUCUGCACUUGGAAUGGCUAUUCACUCUGUGGUAACUGUUGCUGAAAUUCUGAAGAAGAAUGGAUUUGCUGUUGAAAAAAAAAUCAGGACAUUGACGGUCGAUGUGAGCGACAAUCAUCCAGAUGCAAGACCUAUUCCAAAGGCAAAGAUUGAAAUAACUCUUGGAAAGUCUGAGAAGUUUGAUGAACUGAUUGCUGCUGAGAUUGAAAGAAGAGAAGGUGGAGCAGCAGCAGAGGAUGAGGAAGAGACUUGAUCAUCAUCCCUUUGUUUUUCUACAUCCAGACUUGAUCAUCACCCCUUUGUUUAACAAGAGUUUUUGAACAGUGGUUAGUUAUUAGUUCAGUCAGAAAGAGAUGCUAUGCUGCUGAAUUUUAUUUGGUAUAAUUCUGCAAAAAACUAUUUUAUGUUUCAGAGUCAGUCAAUCUUUAUAUAAUUCAGUUCAAGUCCUCAUUGA